UCACCUGUGCACUGCGGUGGACCGGGGGCUGGUGCUGAGGUGUUGAGUUCCCUGGGGCGCCCACUCUGUUGCCAGUCUCCCUGAGCCCCUUCGCUGGGACCGCGGGGUCCCGCCUCCCACCGGUGUUGGCCGAGUGCGGCGCGUGGCGCUGGGCGGGCUCCCGCUUCUCAGCCCUGGGGCCUCGCGGGGCCCGCGAGUGCCCAUAAGGAGCACCAGGCAAUAAUGAAGGUUCUUUUACUGAAAGAUGCAAAGGAGGACGAUUGUGGCCAGGAUCCAUACAUCAGGAAUAGCCCCUGCCAAUCCAGAACUAUUUUUUCAUUUGCAGGAAUUAGCAUUGUAUGGACUUGAAGCCACAUUGAUCCCUGUUUUAUCCUUUGAGUUUUUAUCUCUUCCAAGUUUUUCUGAGAAGCUGUCUCAUCCAGAAUGUUACGGGGGACUCAUUUUUACCAGCCCCAGAGCAGUGGAAGCAGUGGAAUUAUGUUUGAAGAAAGACAAUAAAACUGAAGUCUGGGAAAAGUCUCUGAAAGAAAAAUGGAAUGCCAAGUCAGUGUAUGUGGUUGGAAAUGCUACCGCUUCUCUAGUCAGUAAAAUUGGCCUGGAUGUAGAAGGAGAAAACUGUGGAAAUGCAGAAAAGCUGGCUGAAUAUAUUUGUUCCAGAGAGUCACCAGCAUUUCCUCUUCUCUUUCCCUGCGGAAACCUCAAAAGAGAAAUCCUGCCAAAAAUGCUGAAGGACAAAGGAAUUCAGAUGGAAAGCAUAACUGUCUAUCAGACGAUUCCACACCCAGGAAUCCAAGUGAACCUGGACAGCUACUAUUCCAAGCAGGGUGUCCCAGCCAGCAUCACGUUCUUCAGUCCCUCCGGCCUUACAUACAGUCUCAAGCAUAUUCAAGAGUUGUCUGGUGACAGCAUUGAUCAAAUAAAGUUUGCAGCUAUUGGCCCCACCACAGCCCACGCUCUGACUGCCAAGGGCCUGCCUGUGAGCUGCACAGCACAGAGCCCCACGCCUCAAGCGCUGGCUGCUGGCAUCAGGAAGGCACUGCAGCCCCAAGGCUGCUGCUGAGUCAGCUGUGGCCCUGGCCCCAUGUGUCCUUCUCCACCUGGCUUCUUCCCCAUGGGGGAAGGCAACAUCAGAUAGCGGCUCUGGAGAAGCUGCCACCAUCAAACUCCUACCUCAUUCCUGAACGGAAGCACCUGGAUGGGAGGUGGGGUCAGCCUGGGGCCAGUGUCAGGCCUCCUUGCAUGUCAUUGCCCUCCAUGAAGGCCAGCUUGAAACCAGCCAGGUGCAUGUGGUUCCUGGACUGUGCAAGAGCUUCCUGUGCCCAGCAGGAAGGAAAUCAAAUAAAGCACACUGGCUGCAUGUGCCCACCGAGUGUGUGUCUCAA